CAAGGUGCGUAAAGGAAUGACAGAAGGGAACCUACGUGUCUGACUUCACUCACUCUCAACGCCGGAUAUCACAAUGACGUCACACCCACUCCAUCCCACCUGCGACUUCGACACUGACUCCGUCGCCUCCUCCCCUCGCUCCGACAACUUCCACGAUGCCCCUCAACGCGUCCGCUUCAUGUGCAGCUUCGGCGGCAAGAUCCUCCCUCGUCCUCACGACAACCAGCUCCGCUACGUCGGCGGUGACACCCGCAUACUUGCCGUCAACCGCUCCAUCUCCUUCCCCGCCUUCCUCCUCAAGCUCUCCAAGCUAUCAGGUAUGACCAACAUAACCGCCAAGUACCAGCUUCCCAACGAGGACCUUGACGCGCUUAUUUCUGUCACCACCGACGAAGACGUCGAGAACAUGAUGGACGAGUACGACCGCGUCGCACACAAUCAAAAUCCCCGAUCCGCUCGUCUUCGCCUUUUCCUCUUUCCGGAAUCAUCCGUCGCCGACGAUACCUCCCGAGCCGGCAGCAUCAGCUCCCUCCUCAACGGCUCCGUUAAACGCGAGAGCUGGUUCCUCGAUGCCCUCAACGGUGGCGUCUCAGCCCUCGAGCGAGGCCGCUCCGAAGCUUCCUCCAUGGUCUCGGAGGUUCCCGAUUACCUCUUCGGGUUGGACAACUCCGAAGAAACGCAAAGCAACCGCGAAUUACGACAUAAGGACCGACCCGGUCUAUAUUCGGAUCCGGGUUCUCCUGCCCCAGUUGCGUCUCAAUUUUCCUCCACAUCAUCAGUGCCGUGCGUGCCAUCUAUCCCCAACCUUCCACCAGUUAAAACCAAACCGGCGAACCCGGCUCCUGAAGUGGAGUCCAAGGAGAUUCAAAUCGAAGCUGAACCGGCUCCACAACCUCAACCGCAACCAAACACGUAUCCGGGUAACACUGUUCUGCACUACGCCGCGGAUGCCUCCUAUUCGGGCCAUUCUGUUCAACCGGUUCCGGUUUACUAUUUUCCCGGUCCGGUUCAACCGGGAACUCUUCCGGUUCAUAUGCAGGCUCCAUAUCCAUACGUUCAACAACCGUAUCAUGCAGUGGUUCCGGGUCAGGUUCCAGUCGGGUACCAUCAUUUGGUUCCGGGUUCGGGUCAAGUAUAUGGCGCAGGUCUGAGGCAUGUAAGCCCGAUGCACCAUCCAUACAGUGCAUCUGCCACAGCAGCUGUGGUUCAAGACGGUGUGAAACAGCAGGUGUAUCAGGCAGUGCCUGGUUCCGGUUACCCAGCAAUGGUAAUGACAGGUGGGGAUGAACCACAGAGAGGUGGUUCGGAGUUUGUGGCGGGUCGGGUCGGGUCACCAACUCCCUAAAUGAAUGAUGUACCUUUUUUUUUUAGCAUGACCUACUUUACUUUUGGUCAUGUAAAUGGAUGCUUAAUCUUUGUGUGUAUGCACUCUCAGAUUUUUGCUACUUAUUUGUUCAACGCACAAAAAAGCCAAGUGUGAUAUAUAUUUCAUAAAAUUGUUUG